AUGGAUGAACUCAGGCCGAAUCUGGGUCUGCUCGGUGUCGGUCUGGUCGAGAACGAUAGCUUUCAUCUGAAUCACAAUCAGGAGAAGAGGAAGUGCAGUAGCGCCAGUUCGAAUGAGCAGGACUUCGGUCUCUAUGGGGUGCAUCAGGGUCUCGAGGCGAGCCCGCCGACGCCCGCCGCGACGCCCGGUAGAAGCAGCGUCGGGGCUACCACCACCGUCGGAGCUGAAGGCGCUUUUAAGAAGUUAAAACCUGACCCUUGCGCUUCCAGUCCUCACAUUGGUCACACACCUACCACAGCUAGCUGUCCAACACCUGCCCGACGGCGACACAGGACUACCUUCACUCAGGAGCAGCUGGCAGAAUUGGAAUCGGCGUUUGCAAAAUCCCAUUACCCAGACAUAUACUGCAGGGAGGAAUUGGCGAGGACCACCAAAUUGAACGAGGCCAGAAUUCAGGUUUGGUUCCAGAAUAGAAGAGCGAAAUACCGGAAGCAGGAGAAGCAGCUGCAGAAAGCUCUGACACCAAUUCCCGCCUGCCAAGGUGCCAUGAUGAGGAAUAUCUAUCCUGGUGCUAGCAGAGGUUAUCAACCCUACCCCCAUCCUCACAACAGCAUAAAUGGCAUAAAUCGUUAUCCCCAGAUGGGCACGACGUCUUACCCGAGCAUGACUCAGCCGUUCUCCAUGUCGCAUUCAGCGUCGAAUAUGUCGGCCGUCACCGGCAUGCGACAAGAUGCAAUGGGAAUGUCAGCGGAGGACGAGUGGUACAACAAGAGCAUCUCAGCUCUGAGAAUGAACACAGCCCACCACCCGAAUCUGGCCGCACCAAUGUUACAGUAUCAGACAUAAUUGUAAACGGAGGCGAGAGGGCAACUCGAGGAUCUCGUCAGGAAUACGAUGUCAUACCUAUGAUCGAGCCGAUCGAUGGAAAAAAAAAACAAACCGAGAGCAAAAUGACGAACCCGACGAAGCCCGAUCGACGUUUUGCCGUUUCGCAGAAAGAAAAAAAAAAAGAAAUGAGAGGAAAGGAGACAGAACACCGUGGUCGAUUUGCAUUAUCGCUAAUCGACUUACACGGCCGCGUUGACAUCCUGAUUUCGUGACGCAUUCUCGCAUCUCGCUUGCAGCAAGCAAGCUCGAUUUGCAAUGACACAUACACACGCGUCACGAGGCAUAUACACGCGCGAAAAGCUCUUAA